AUGAGGAACCACCCAGCUCCAUUAGCCGAAGCCCAUCGACGUCCGAUGUCCCAGCGGCGCUUCUCGUGGCGCGAUCUCUGUUCACUCCCUCUGCUGGGACCCUUGACCCUGAUCCUGCUGAUCGUGAUCGUGGUGAUGUGUACCCAGCUUCGCUUCAGCGCCGAUGCGGGCAUCGACUCGGCAAAAAAGAAUGGCGAAGUGGUUCAGCAGCAGUCGGGCCACCGCGUCCAGGACCUCCACCUGUUCUUCCGCCGCCUGGAAUGGGUGGUCCCGGUGGUCCAGCCGCAGUUGAGCCACCGCGUCCAGGACCUCCACCUGUUCUUCCGCCGCCUGGAAUGGGUGGUCCCGGUGGUCCAGCCGCAGUCGGGCCACCGCGUCCAGGACCUCCACCUGUUCUUCCGCCGCCUGGAAUGGGUGGUUCCGGUGGUCCAGCCGCAGUCGGGCCACCGCGUCCAGGACCUCCACCUGUUCUUCCGCCGUCUGGAAUGGGUGGUCCCGGGUCGCAGGUACAAGAGGGCGGGAUUCGGACAGCAGCCGUACCCUCAGUUGAGCACCGGCCAGCUCCUUCUUGAUCUGGACAUGUUCUUCAAGAGAUUUCUAGCCAUUAAAGGGCGAUAUCCAAGACCCAUUGAAAGCAACUUCCUUGUUCAGGCUAUGUGGGUCCACGAGAAGUGCAAGGCUGCACAUGUCACGGGUGACACUUUGUCGGCCUGGACAAAAAUUCUAGACUCUCUCGAACUGAGCGGAUGGCCGUACGUCAAAUUCUCUGGUGACCUAGUGAAGCUUGUGUCCACCGGAGAUCGAUACUUGAUGCUCGAGACGUUGUUCAGGGUCAACGUCCUUCGAACAGUUAGCGGUCAAAGCAUGUCGCAGAUUGUUCUCAAGGCGCCGGUGACGUACCUAAGGCGCUACAUUUCCCUCUCGAAACCGAAUGCAACGAAACUGUACCUAGAAACAAUCGUACAAGCUUUGAGCCUGUACCGGAAUGGAACUAUGGGUGAAAUGGCAGGCAAAGAAAUAUCGAGACUAGAAAUCGCGCUGGAAAACCUGACAUCUGUGGACACCAUGCCAGCCGAAUAUGCAGUGAAGGACCUGUGGUCCAUCGAUAUGCUGCCCAAGAACGACAAUUGGGACUGGCUGAGGUACAUGAGACUGCUAUUCAAGACAGAGACGCGGGUCAUAGGAACAACAUUUAUGUACGUGGAGGAUCCCUCGUUUUUUUCUCGCGUGAACACCAUCUUCGACAUGGACGACUACAAGACCGCGAUCGCCAACUACGUCGGAUUUAAAGCCAUGGUCACGUUUUCGCCGUUCAUGCCAUCUGAUUACAGACUUCUGUAUGAAUUCAGCCACGGCUACGACACCAGGCGCAUAGACGCACAGCUCGCGACUUGCAGCUUCCUUCUCGAGAAGAUGUACCGCUAUGGUGUCGGUGUGGCCGCUAAGCUCACUUCGAGCAAGGAAUUCGCAAGCGUCUACAGGACGCACAAUGACGACCAGUUCGCCGCGUUGUUCAACGAUACGCGGACGGUCGUGCGCGAUCUCCUGCAGUCGGGCCGCUCCUGGUUCUCGCGAGAGGACUUGAAGACGGCUCAGAGGAAGCUGGAUGCGAUGACGCUCGUCUUCGGCACGCAGGCCAACUUCGUCCAGUACGAGGGUUAUCGCCAGACUCCUGCGUUGGCUCUGGAAUCUAAGAACAGCGUUCUGGACACUGUGUUCGCCAUCUUCUCAUACGCAUCUUCCAUAUACUGGGACGCGUUCGUCAGCGGUGGCGUCGUCCGGACGGCGGCAGCAUACGACAACGUCUAUGCGACGUCCAUCUUCGACUGGGGCAGCGAGUACCAGGCUACCAAUAACUUGGUCUUCGUCCCGAACGGUGUCGUUGGCUUCCUCGGCACCAUAUCGAACAAAAUUCCUUUCCAGCUCUACCCAGUCGUCCUGGCGCACGUCGUCAGACCUGCGCUGCGAGCGCUUGUGCGCAGUAACUCGCUCUUCGACGACCGCAUGGUGCCGCGGAAGUGGUGGAGCGCCGAGUCAGUCGGCGCGUACGAGAACGUCACCCAGUGCCUGCGGCGGCGGUACGAGAUGGCAGCGCGCGCUGACGAAGGAACUGGCGUCUACUCAGGGGCUCCCGGCAGGUUCAGUACGGCGCGUCUCGAGAACGACUUCUUAGACAACGCCGUGCUGCGACCGUUGUACGAAUUGUACGAGAAAGCCCUGGAGAGAUACAACGCGACGCGGAUGUACUACCAGUUGCCCGAGUUGCGUGUUACGUCCAGAGAGCUGUUCUUUUACAACUACGCGUCCGCUUUCUGCGACGGUGCCGACAAAGCGACCCGGAAGCUCCAGCGCAGCAUGGCCAUCACACCGGCCAAGCUGCGCGUUAAUGUUCCUCUCAGUAACUUUGCGCCAUUCCUCAGAACGUUUUCGUGCCCAAACAAGAACGGUCAGUUACCGCGAUGCGAAGUGUGGCAGGGCUUCGACUGA